UGAAUGCCAGCGGCUAGACAUAGCGCACACACAAAUUCCCACUGCCCAGCGAACAGAUACGGAUCACCGCCACUUAUUCAGUUAGUCAGUUAGUCAACUAGUCAACUAGUCAGCUAGUCAGCUAGUUAGUUAGCCAAUCGUCCAGUUUCGAAGGAAGGAGCAUCUGGGAAGCAUCUGGGCAAGGGAGGAGCAAACAGGAAUGGCUACCUCUGCAAUCGGCGGAGUGGGAGUGGGCAUGGGCGUGGCCACAUCCAGUACGGUGCGCCGACCCACCGCCAGAGCCACCGCUGGCAUCCAACGACGCCGGGUGGUCAAGAAGCACAUCCAACAGAAGUACAUGCUCUGCGGCUUUGCCAUACACGCUUUUCUGGCCACCCCCGCCUAUUUGUACGGCAAUGUGGUGGAAUCGGACAAGGAUCUGGUGCUGAGGAUCUGGCCAGCCAUUGUCUACCAGGCCACCGGUGAGCUGUGCCGCUCCAUCAUGGAGCACCUGGACACAGAGUACAGCGGCAGGUCGAGGGAGACCACUGAGUACAGGAGGGUCUUCCUGCUGGCCACCCUCAUCGCCUGCGUUUCGCUGAUGGUCAGCGGAAUACUCUUCUCCUCCGCCUGGAUCGUGGUCACCACCACCACCCAAGUGGUGGCCAUCGUCUUCUACGGAUGCUUUGCGGGCAUCGGGUCCAGCUUGUACCUGUGGAAGACGCACGUGAUCCUGGAGGCAGUGCGUCCGCGGGAGGACAAGUUCGUGCGCAAGACGAUCCACCUGUGCGGCGAGGCCUUCUGCCAGCUGUUCCUCUCGUUCGUGUUCACCAGCCUGAGGACCCUCUACGGCACCGCCCAGUCGAUCGUGCUGAUGUCCGCCCUGCUGGUCAACCUCAUCCCGUUGGGCCUCAUCAUCACCAAGCACCGCGAGGACGCCUUCACCACGAAGCGGAUUUCGGUGAUCAAGGCGGAGACGGGCUUUGCGGCACUGCCGCUGCGGGCGGCACUGGCGGACCAGCUGGACGGCCUGGAUACGCUCUCCUGGAGGAAUCCGGCCACGGAACUGGCCACUGCCGGUCCGGGUGCCGCUGUGGCCGCCGCCGUGGUGGACACGCACAGCAACUACAUGCUGGCCACCGACGAGGCCUAUGUGACCUAUGUGAACCCCAACGGGGUGGAGAUCAUGGAGAUCAUACCCGAGGAGGACGAGACGGUGUCCAUGAUGCGGUCGAGCAAUGCCACCAUCGACAACUAUGCCAUGUCCGCCUCGCAGACCUCGCACAAGUCCUUGUCCAAUGGCCGCCUGUAUCCAUUGGCGCCCCAGCAUCCGGUGGCCACGGGAACGGGAACGGGCACUGGCAGCUCGUCGCCGCUGCCUCCGGACUAUGCCAAUCUGCGACGCAUCCGACGGAUGUCGCGGGCGGUCACCUCGCAUCUGUGGUGGAAUCUGCUGGACAAGAUCGCCAUGCCGCUGCAGCAGGCGCUGCUGGUGCCGCAGCUGUAUGCCACCACGCUGCUCCUCUCGGCGGACAUCUUCAGCUACGUGAUGUGCCUGACGGUGCUCCCCGGACUGGCCGUCAGCCACCAUGCGCUGAAGAACGCCGAGAUCCCGUUCCUUUUCUCCCUGCUGGCCUUCCCCUGGAUGUGCUUCUCCCUGAUGACGCCGCGCUUCGGGACGAGCCUCUACAAGCGCAAGAUCCAGUGGCACACGCUGGGCAGCCUCUGCAAGUGCCUGGCCCUGAUCUUCAUCAGCUUCUCGACGUCCAAGCUGCUGCUCAGUGUGUCCGCGGUGCUGCUGGGAUUCGGCCAGGUGGUGACCGCCUUCCUGCAGGAGCUGGUCUUCCAGAUGGGCAUGACGCGGGCCAACUGGACGGCCAUCCGGCGACCGGUGCACUUCACCAACGGCCUGCUGGUGCUCCUGUGGGGCGCCCUCGCCCACUGGGUGGUGGAGCGGUACUCGUUCCAGGCCACCGUCGGAUUAGCUGGAGCACUCUAUGGGGCGACCUCGCUGCUCUGGAACUUCCUCUUCUUCUGCUGCCAAGGCAGGGACUGAGACGAUCAGCGGGAUCUGCAGGAUCUGCUGGAUAUGCUGGAUCUGAAGAAUUCGCGGGGAUCCCUAGUCUGUGUGUGUGUGUGUGUUGCUGUUGUUGACGUUGUCGGUGGUGUGGUU